AUGGUGGAUCCGGUAGCGGAUCCUGGCGAGGACCCGGGGGAUGCUGCAGGUGCAGACGACGCUCCGGCGGCGGCGGCGGCGGCGACCUCCUCUGCAGCCGCGCCCGUGUCUCAGCCGCCCACUCCCUUUCCGGCCGCGGCGCCUCCUGCCGGGGCUGGGGAACCGGGCCAGGCCCGCGAGGAGUCGCCGAUGUUGCACCUGGAUCUGUACAACUUCGACUGCCCGGAGGCCGAGGGCAGCCGCUACGUGCUCACCAGCCCCCGCUCGCUGGAAGCCUGCGCCCGCAGCGCCGUCAAGCCGGUGGAACUGCUGCCCCGGUCCCUAAGCGAGCUGGUGAAGGAGGCCCCGGGCAGGUCGAUGAGGGUGGCCGCCGGCCUGUACGAAGUGUACGAGAUGGACCGGCAGAGGAAGCUGCAGCAGUGCAGGGAGGAAAGGGAAAGGAUUAUCCGCGAGGAGAAGAGGAGGCUCUUCACACCGCUCCUGAUGGGCAGCCUUCCUUCCUCCCCGGCUUCCAGGAUCGCCUUCAAAAGCGCCCCGGGAGAUGGAAAAUGCAGCCCGGCAGCAGGACAGCCAAAGGCUGGCUGCCCUCCUCCCCCUGGCACCAAGACCAGGAAGAGCCACUCCCUGGAUUCCUUGCAAAAGAGAAGAGAGGGCUUCUCCACCAAAACCUCCUCUGACUCUGGCGCCUCUUCCUCCUACAGCGGAGACAGCUUUAAGGACAGGUGUCCUAAGGAGGCCCCCAGGACUAGGACAGUGGGGACUACCAUGAGCUCCCUGGUGGGGCGGAGUUUCAGCUUGAGUGACCUGAGCCAUUCCUCGCAGACCACCAAGAAAGUGGAGAAGAUAGUCAAGGAGGUGAAGAAGAAAGGCCUCAAGGAGGUGCCAGAGAGGGACCGGAAGAUUGCUGCCCUGAUGAUAGCCAAGCGCCAGGAAGAGAGCAUCUUGAAUGAGCAGCGGUACAGUGCCCACCUCCAGUGGGACAUCCAGAGGAAGCAGGCAGAGCUGCGGAGGGAGCAGGAGGAGAAGGAGAAGCAGAGGGCCUUGAUGCAGUGCAAGAAGAUGUGGGAGUCCACACUGGAGAAACGCCGUUGCAAGCUGACCCUGGAACAAGAGGGAAUGGCCUUGUUGAAGCAGAAGCAGAACUUAAUGGGGGAGGAGAAGAGGAGAGGGCAGGUGGACAAACAGGAGAAAGUGAAGAGAGAGCGGUUGGAGAAAAGCGCCUUCGAAGACAAGGAAAAGAAACGUCACCAAGAGCGCAACUUGAAGGUGCAGGAAGAGAGCAAGAAAGAGGCCCUGGAACGAGAGGUCCAGGUACUUCAGGAGAAGCUGUCCCUGGCUACCCAGAAGAAGCUCAAGAAGGAACAGCUAGUACAGAAGGAAAAGAAACUGCUCAACCAAGCUGAGAAGCGGAAGCAUGAUGUCCUCCUCAAGGAGCUGAGCAAGCAAGAGGCUGAAGAGAAGGCUCUGCUAAGAUCUUCAUUGGAAGGGAGUUUGAGCAAAGCUCAGGAGAACUAUGAGCAGCUCAUUGAGAAGAGGAACAAAGAAAUAAGGGAGAAGGCCAAGCGAGAAGAGCUUCAGGUUCAAAAGGCCAAACUGGUGGCAGGAAGGCGGGAGAAGGAGCAGAAGGAGCACUUGAAGGCCUUAGCCAAAGCUACAGAGCAGAAGCUCCAGCAUGCUGCUCAGGUAGCUGAAGAGGUUGUUCAGCAAAAAGCCCGCAAAGUGGUCCAAAGCCGGUUGGAAAAGGAGAAGGUACAGAAAGUCAACAAGAAGAGGGUGGAACAAUGUGAAGAUAUGCGGCGCAGGGAAAUCCUGCUGUCAAUCGAAAAAAAACUAGAACGGAGUGAACAGAUUUUUAGGGAGAAAAAAAGUAUCUUGGAAAAUGCCAGAUCUGUUGCUCGGGCAUCGUUCCAUGUCCGGGAAAAGGUCCGUGAAGAGAUGAACAUGCGCACUUUUGAUAAGAUGGCCUUUGAAGCAGAACUGCAGGCCAGCCUGAUUAAAAAAUAA